AUGCUAGCAAUUCAAAUAAAAGAGACUAGUGGGAAACUGGUGAUGAAGAUGUUCCAGAAAAUACAGGAACUCAUUGAUGAGCCUGACGCCCUGGUCUGUGUCCUUAUUGAUGAGGUUGAAAGUUUGACAGCUGCCCGUAAAGGUGCCAUGUCAGGCAAUGAGCCGUCAGAUGCUAUCAGGGUGGUCAAUGCUGUUCUCACUCAGAUUGACCAGAUCAAAAAGUACCCCAAUGUGAUAAUCCUGACCACUUCCAAUGUGACAGGGGCUAUAGACCUGGCGUUUGUAGACAGAGCUGACAUCAAGCAGUAUAUUGGUCCACCAUCACCCUCGGCUAUAUACUCCAUCUAUAGAUCCUGUAUUCCAGAACUUACUAAGUGCCGCAAAUUGACAUCGGGGCAGAGCGUGCUGGACAUGAGGUCCCUGGAGUUCAUGCGAUUUGUGGAGAAUAAUGUCAGCAAGGAUAGCAUACAGCUCAGGGAGAUUGCUGUUAAAAGUUAUGGUUUGAGUGGCCGUACACUCCGGAAGUUGCCUUUCAUUGCUCACUCUAUGUUCAUACAGAAAUCAGAUGCCACACUACAGGAAUUCUUAGUGGCCCUGGAUAAGGCCGUGCAACAGCAGUUUAAGGAGAGAAAUGACCUCACUAGGGACUCCUAGUGACCUCACUACCAACUCCUAGUGACCUCACUACCAACUCCUAGUGACCUCACUACCAAUUCCUAGUGACCUCACUACCAACUCCUAGUGACCUCACUACCGACUCAUAGUGACCUCACUACCGACUACUAGUGACCUCACUAUCGACUACUUGUGACCUCACUAUAGACUAGUGAUAUACUCUUUUAUUUAUGAACUGGAUGAUUUUUUUUGUGUCGAUGUACAUUUCUGUCAAAAUAUGGUACAAAAUCUAUGCUAAACUUUUAAAUAAUUCUUAUGAACAUGUUGGGAUAUCUGUGCCAAUGUACUUGUUUGUACGCACAUACGGUGCAACUGGUUAAUUGCAUCUAAAAUAUUGCAUUUGAGGAUAAUUGAACAUGUAACUACCCUAACUGGGUGCUGCUUCUUGUUGUUUAUAUGAAAAAAAUGUGAUUUAAUGUAGUUUCAUUUUACUUCUAAAACAAUUAUUAUUUUGCCUGAUGUUGAAAUGUAUAAAGUGGUGUUGUUGAAAGAUCUCAUUCAAACACCCUGAUGUUGGACUGUAGAUUGUA